CCCUGACUGCGGGUGGGGCCCCGGCCCUCCUCUUUGGCCAGCUGCAGCAGCAGCAGCAGCUGCAGCAGCGGCGCUACCUCAACCUCUACGAGUACCAGUCGAUGCAGCUGCUGCAGCAGCACAACGUGGCCGUGCCGCGCUUCCGGGUUGCUUCGACGCCGGAGGAGGCGCAGUCUGCUGCUGCUGCGCUGCAGCAGGAGCUGCUGCAGCAGCAGCCGCAGCAGCAGCAGCAGCAGCCAGGACUUGUCGUCAAGGCCCAAGUCCUGGCCGGCGGCCGCGGCCUCGGCUACUUCAAAGAGAAUGGCUACAAGGGGGGGGUGCAGCGCUGCAGCAGCCCGCAGCAAGUGUUUGCUGCAGCAGCAAAUAUGCUGCAGAAAACCCUCGUUACGAAGCAAACUGGAGCAGCAGGGAAAGUCUGCAACACAAUUCUCAUUUGUGAGGAGUUUAAGGCCAAGAGGGAGCUCUACUUGGCCAUUAUCCUCGACAGAAACACCGGGGUCCCCAUGCUCAUUGCCAGCUCUCAAGGGGGUACCAGCAUAGAAGACAUAGCGCACUCGAACCCGCAGGCGAUAAAGAAGAUCCGGAUGGGUUUUGACGAGGCGCUCUCUGCGGACGCGCUGGAGGAGCUGCGCAUACACCUGAAUCUCAGCCCGUCCAUGGGCCACCAACUAAAGUCUUUAAUUUCUUCUUUGCACAAUUUAUUUAUAUCCCGAGACUGUUUAUUAGUGGAAAUAAACCCUUUAAUCCUCACUGACACGCCCCCGCAGCAGCAGCAGCAGCAGCAGCAGCCGCAGCAGGAGCUGUGGGCAGCAGACGCGAAGCUGAGCGUUGACGACAACGCGAAGUACCGCCAGUUGGAUUUGUUUGAGUCGGUUGCUGCUGAGGAGAAGGCGGCGCAGCAGAACUGCCCGGCAGCAGCAGCAGGAGGCGCAGCAGCAGCAGCAGCAGCGCUGGAAGCAGCAGCAGAGGAGCAGCAGCUGCAGUACGUGAAGCUGGGCGCAGGCGUGGGCUGCCUAGUCAACGGCGCGGGGCUCGCCAUGGCCACCAUGGACUUGCUGCAGCUGCGCGGAGGUGCAGCAGCAAACUUUCUGGACUUGGGAGGUGCUGCUGCUGCUCCUCAGAUUGCUCUCGCGCUGCAGCUGCUGCGCUCAGAUGCUGCAGCACCAGUUCUCUUCCUCAACAUCUUCGCCGGCAUUCUCAAGUGCGACGAGAUCGCCAAGGGCCUCGUGCAGGCCGCCAGGGAGCACAAAAUCCACAAACCCAUCGUG